AAUAUAUUAGAUAGUUACAAUAUAUUAGGAUUUCUUAGCUCUGGUACAUAUGGAAAAGUAUUCAAGGCAACAGCCAGAGAUGAUACAGAUAAAAUCUACGCUAUUAAAAAGUUCAAACCAGACAGGGAUGGCGAGUAUAGCUUCACUGGUAUCUCACAAUCAGCUAUACGAGAAAUAGCUCUCAAUAGAGAGAUUGACAACGACAAUUUAGCAAAAUUGAUAGAAGUUUUAUUAGUAGAUGGCGCCAUCUAUAUGGUUUUCGAUUAUGCAGAGCACGAUCUACUCCAGAUCAUCUACCACCACAGCCAGUCAUUGCGGCAAGAAAUACAGCCAAUUGUCGUUAAGAGCAUUCUACAUCAACUUAUAAAUGGUGUACAUUAUUUACACUCUAAUUACAUUAUGCAUAGGGAUCUCAAACCGGCGAAUAUACUCAUAACAAACAAAGGCGUCGUCAAAGUAGGUGAUUUGGGUCUCGCGAGGAUAUACCGACAACCACUGCAACCGCUUUAUAAUGGCGACAAAGUUGUAGUUACUAUAUGGUACAGAGCCCCCGAAUUGCUCCUCGGAGCACGUCAUUAUACCCCCAGUGUAGAUGUCUGGGCGAUUGGCUGCAUAUACGCUGAAAUGCUUUCUCUUCGACCGAUGUUUAAGGGUGAAGAGGCACGCAUCGAUGGCAAAAAGUUGCCAUUUCAGCGACACCAGAUGAUGUGCAUUAUGGAUGUCCUUGGUUAUCCAAACACCCAAAAUUGGCCAGGUAUCAAGCAUAUGCCCGAAUACAAUGAGUUGCAGCCACCUCAGACGCGUUUCUCAUAUAAAUUACCAAAUUGGUUUAAUCAAAGAAGCCAUUCUAUCAAGGGUUUCAACCUUCUCCAUAGCAUGUUGACAUAUGAUCCAGAGAAGAGGAUAACAGCAAGGGAAGCACUCACUCAUCCGUUCUUCGUCAGCGAAGAUCCUGCACCUGUUAAAGAGCCUUUCGUGGUCUACAAUCAAGUGAGCUAUCCUACUAGGCGGCUCACCCAAGAUGACGAGUUGACGUCCAAUCAAAAUACAAACCAAACCGACACCAGUGCACGGGGUUCAGGACCUGGUGGUGCGCUUAACCCUCGAAAAAGAACUAGAUUGUUGUAAUAUAUUAUGUAUUCUUUCUAUAUCCAACCAUGGCGACUAAUCCAGUCUACUCAUACCAUGAGAAGCAGCAUUUUGAUCUUGGUUCAAGCUCUCGUAAGAGGAAGAUUGGCAUAGAGUCUCUCCGGCGCUUCGACCAAUGUGCACUUUGCUUAAGCAGAGCUCGAGAUGCAGUGAUAACACUCUCUGGGGUCAUAUUUUGUAGAGAAUGCAUAUAUGCAGACUUGCUCUCACAGAAGCAAGAAAUCAAGAAAGCUAAGAACGUUUUAAAGCAACUCAAGGAUAAUGAAGAGAGUGAGCGCACUCGUAAGUUAGAAGAAGCUCGUCGGCGGGUGCUUGAGAACUUCGACAGAGUCCAGCAAGUAGGAACAUCAGCAAAGAAGGCAGAAGCAACAAAGAAUGCCGAAGAAACUGCCCUCGAAGAACUUGCGAAGGAGCAGUACGAAGCUAAGAAAUCUAAAUUACCAAGCUUUUGGCUUUCCAGUCUACAGCCGGAUAGCUCACCAAUUGCGGAUAAAAUACGUACUUUGGAGAACACAAAGAUGGUCACUAUGUGCAGACAAGCUAAUCCACCACAUCCAAUGAGUCUUAAAGAUUUACACGGUGUUAUUUUGAAAUCUAAUAAAGGUGACGCUGAGAGUAUCGUAUGCGCAAGUUGUAACAAGACUCUUAACAAUUCUACCCCGAUGUUUGCAUCGAAAGGAUGCAGUAACAUUCUUUGUAAAUACUGCAUAGACACGCUCUACAAAGCUCUCAAACAAUGUCCUGUCUGCGACAACCCAGUCAAGGAUGCGAAUGAAGAUCUCAUAAAGGUGUCAGUAGAAGGUACAGGAUUUGCAGCAGGUGGUGGUGUUAUGUUAAAGAGAAGGACAGGUGCACUAGGUUUAAAUUGAUUGUGUCAAA